CGACUGAGAGGGAAGAGCUAAUAAAAGCCAGUCCGCACUCCCGCAGCUUCGUGCUUUCUCGCAACGUCUCCGUCUCCGAGGCGAAUUAGGGCUUUCAAUUACUCCGGUUGGGCGUCUGUUUCGCGUCGCUGAUCUUCUGGGUGCGGAACCGGAAGCGUUCAUGUUGGAUUUGGGUGGAUUUCCGACGCCUGUAGCCGGAGGAAGCGUCAAGCGGAGCAGGACGAAGGAUUCGGAAUGCCCGAGAUCCGAGAGGAAGACGGCCAAGCGAGAGAAUGUUGAUUACGAUCCAGAUCUGGAUCUUUCCAGAGACAUCAAGGGGAUUAUCUCGGCGCUGCACCAGAUCAAGGAAAAGGCUGCGAAAGAUGGGCAGAAGAAGACUGAAGAGACGAUAAAGAGUGUCAAUCAGGAGAUUCAAUCAAUGGUGGAUGAUGCCAAAUUAAAGUUUGACAAGGAAAGGCAGGCUUUGAUGAAGGCAUUGUUGAAGAGCUCCAAGGAGUGCGAAGGCUCAUUGAAAGCUGAGUACAGCAAGUUUCAAGCAGCAUAUGAGCAGUUUUCCAAGGAUAAACAAGCACAUGUACAAAAUUUCAAAGACAUAUAUUCCAAAUAUGAACACGAGAAGGAAAAAUUAUCUGUUCGAUAUGAACAAAACAGAAAGAAAGAAAAGGCAACUCUAUCUGAACUCGAGAAGGCCUGCCUGAGCAAGCUAGCGAAUGCAGAAGAAACAUUGAAAAGAAAGAAGCAGGAUGAUGUUUCUUUCAACAUCCUGCGCAAAUCUCUUGGAUCCUUCUUUGAUAAUGCCUCCGACGAGGACUUCGGCCCAGAUGAAUAAUCAUUUGUUCCUCUUACCUAUCCCUGGUCUUAGUACAAUGAAAUUGCCUUCCUUUUAGCAUUUCUACAGUUCCAUAUGAACCUGAGAUUGAAGAAUUCUUCUCUUCUUUUACUUUUUAAUCAAUUGGAGCAAUAGUUCAGCUUUCCUACCUUGUUAUAGCAUACAGUGGUAGUUUAAAAAACGGUCAUGAAUUCAUUAUGUGUCUAAUUUGUUAUGAUCUAGUUUUUUGAAAUCUGGAAAAACUUAGGAAGAUUGCUUUGCUA